GCGAUAAUUGGACGGCAAAGGUUCAAAGGUUAUGUUUUCUAUAUUUAUCAACUCAUAAAUGAUAAAGAACAAAAACGUAAUGACUAAUUCUUACACGCGCUAAUCUUCAACUAGUUAUCAAAAUUACAUUAAUUUACUUAUCCAAAUCAAAUGAACAUCUUGAAGUACAAUUAGAGAAAUCUAUAUCGACUAAACAAAUAAAACGUACCCGAGAUGUUGGAAAAAAAAAUUGAAAGUGAAAACUCUGAUAAAAAUAGGUGAAAUUUUACUAAUUAUUUAACAUUCAACAAUAUGUUCAAUGUUUUUUUUAUAAUUUUUUAUUCAAAUUUUAUUGAAACUUGUUGAAGAUGAGAUUUAGUAGAUUAUUUUAUUUAAUGCUUAGUCCUUUUUCAAAUGUAAUAUCAAAAGUAUAUUAUGGCAUUGCCAUUACAGUAUUAAGCUGGAUUAGCCCUAAUUGGUUAUCAUGGAAUAAAUUCUCAGAAAGUAUGUUGAGGUCUCUAGAAAAACGGAUUCUUAGCAUUGUUAAAAGUCCUCAUAAAGGUUUUUUUGUGGAUGUUGGCCCAGUUGUAGGACCUGCUGAUAAAAUAUGGACAAUUUCACUUAAUACUCAGUCUCAAAAGACUCCACUGGUACUAAUUCAUGGAUUAGGAUCAGGGGUGGCAUUAUGGUGUCUAAAUUUAGAUGCAUUUGCUGCUACAAGACCUGUAUAUGCAUUUGACGUAUUAGGUUUUGGUCGUUCCAGUCGACCACAAUUUAGUACAUCAUGUACAGAAGCUGAAAAUCAAAUGAUAAAAUCAAUAGAAGAAUGGCGCAAGGAAUUAAAACUAAAAGAAAUUAUUCUCCUCGGACAUAGCAUGGGAGGAUUUCUAGCAACUUCAUAUGCCAUUUCUUAUCCUAGUAGAGUUAAAAAUUUGAUUCUUGCUGAUCCGUGGGGAUUUCCGGAACGUCCAAAAGAAUAUACAAAAGUACCUCUAUGGAUUAAAACUGUAGCUACUAUUAUGAAACCGUUUAAUCCAUUAGCAGGAAUAAGAGUGGCGGGACCAUUAGGACCUUGGUUUAUAAACACAAUAAGACCAGAUAUAUCAAAAAAGUAUGCUGCUGCACUUGAAGAUGCUAGUCUCAUUCCAGAUUAUAUUUACCAAUGCAACUGUCAAUAUCCCAGCGGUGAAGGCGCUUAUCACGCUAUGAUGGCAGAUUUUGGUUGGGCGAAAAAUCCAAUGGUAAAUAGAAUAGAUAAACUGGAUCCGUCAAUACCCAUAACUCUUUUAUAUGGAUCUCGAAGUUGGAUUGAUAAUUCUGCAGGAGAAAUUAUUAAAAACAAACGAAAACAAUCUGUUGUUAGAUUACAAGUAGUAACUGGCGCUGGUCAUCAUGUGUAUGCUGAUAAGCCAGAAGCUUUUAACCAAAUUGUUCUUGAAGCUUGUACCUAUAUGGAAAAUCCAACAUUAGCAAUUCAGUUAAGUAGAACUGAAUCGGAUAAACCUGAAAGUGACAGCCAAUAGUCACGUAUAUCUUUUGUUUUAAGAGACCUUGACAUGAUUUAUUUUGUUAUUUCGCAACUUAUUAGGUAAUUAAAUAAUAAAAUUUACAGAAAAACUGAUUGUCAUAACUCCAUAACUUCUUUGUGAGGUACUAACUACUUUGUCAAAAUUUAUUUUGUUCAUUAAUUUCUAUAUUAUUAUACAGCACUUAGGAGUGCAUCUUCAUCCAAUUUGUAAACAAUGAAUGGGACAAAUGUCCGCAAAUGAGAAUUUUUGUCUUAUAUUUAGUGCCCUGAGGGGGUAGCAGUUGGUACAUGAAUAGUUGACCCAGCUAAGUCUGCAAUCCACAUGUACUCCUAAAUAUUUGAAGAGCUUUUUUGCAUAUUUGUGAACCUUUUCACGAAACUUUUUAUUUUCUCUCUUAUGUUUUUUUCCCUUUUCCAAAUAUCUUCUGAUAUUUUUCAAUUAUUUCAAUAAUUUUCAAAUUAGAUGCACCAGUGGAUGUACGAGUAAUGGGAUUACUAAUAGAGUUUGAGAUGGUUUCUUUUCGCUGUCAUUUUAAUUCUCACUCUAGCAGUAGGUAGAAUUAAAAAAAAAACAAAUAACAUUAACACAGCAUAAUGAUUAUAGUUAACAGUGUUUCCCAACCUUUUUUGUACCAUACCUUAGCCUUUCUAAAAUCCCUAGGCUCCCUAUGUAACGUACAUAAUUUUCUAUAUUCACAUAUAUAAGAAAUCACUAUAAAACACAUUCAAUACACUGCCACGGCAAAAUAUUUUUCCUCCUGUCCAAAUUUUCUGUAACCUUAUGCUUCCAAAGUUAUAGUAAAUACUACAUUCUUUCCAAUUAUAACUAUACAAUUUAUUUAAUCAGCGAGGUUUUACAAAACUUUUUUUGGACACAUAUUUCAAAUUAACUCAAACUGAAUCCUGUGAAACACUAUAGAAGUGUAUAGAUUCCAAAACGUCCGGGGUUCCCCACGGACUCUGUCGUCCGCCGCGUUUAUUUGACGACGCCAAAUACCUAGUUGGUCUCGUCAAGCCAAAUUAUAGCUCCCCUUAACAGUCAAAUUUCUUCUCUAUGGGGCUCUGAGAAACACUGCACUAAACGUAAAAUAAACUCUAUAAAAAUAGGUGCUUUGUGUUGCAAAUACAAAUAACAUUUUAUUUUUAAGUUACAACAAAAUUAACAAAGAAUAUUAUAAAGAAAAAUAUUAAUAACAUUUUUAUAAUUCAAGUUUAUUAUAACUUAGGAACAAUUUUGAAUAAUAGAUUCGUUAAGAUUUUUUAAAACUAGUUUUCACUUGUAAUAGAUUGAUGUGUUAUAUAAAGUUGUUAGAGUUUUCAAAUAUAAAAAGAGAAAGUGUAAUAUAUUGGACACAUUCGAAUAAAAAACAAACGAAAUCAUCGUGGAUGUUUGUAGUCGACCAAAAAAUUCAACUUUCCGUUGAAUUGUUGAAUUCCGUUGAAUGAACUAUCAUAAACAUCUGUUAAAGCAGAUUUACCAGCAGCUAAAUUCAAAUAUGUUUAUGAGUAUAUAUGACAUACACAUAAUUUGAUAAUUAUUAGUUUAUAUUUUAAAAUUUGCAUAGAAGUAUAUUUCUGAAUGAAUUAAGACAAUGGAUUUAUAAUAAAUUCUGUAUAAAAAUUAUACAGUAUUUCGUCAAGUCUUUCAGUGAAAUAUUUCGAAAAAAAAAAGAUUUUUGUAAUAUAUUGAUUAUAUAAACUUCUAGAUUACAGUGUGCUCUAUUUAAUUAAUGUAGUUAUAAUAAAGAAAAAGAAUCAGUUUUUUUUAAAUAUCUACUUAUAUGUUUUUAAUUGUUUUUGAGGAUGUCUCUCACACUAAUCCAAGGGAAGAGUUAGUUUAUUUAAUAUACUAUUAACAUUAAUAAUUGAUUUGUUAUUAAAAUAGUUGUUAUUUUUUGUUAACAUUGGAGUGACGGGCUGUGAUAAAAUAAUUAAAAUAAACUUUCUAAAAACUA